AUCUAUGGUGUCCGUUUAUCCGUUAGUGUCAGCCACUUAAACCUUUUUGGUGUUUGCCCUUACAUUCCUUCCUAUUCUCCUACACUUCCUUUCUGCUUCAAAACUCUCUCUCUCCGUACAUAAUAUGGUGCCCGCUUCACUCUCUCCUUUACACUCCGCCAAUGUCUCUUCUGCUCCCUCACUCUCUCCUCUCUCCCCAUUCUCUCUUUACCCGUCCCUGGCCUCUUCUUCUUCCUGCGUUCUAUCUGCUCAACCAUCUUCUCACUGGCGUUGCUCUUUCCGUGUCUAUGGAAAUAAUACCCAUUUGAGUGUUUGCUAUAGAUCAAAGGGUUUGAAGGUCAAUUGUUCAGUAACUGAGCCACUGAAGGUGAUGAUAUCGGGUGCACCAGCUUCAGGCAAAGGAACUCAAUGCGAGUUGAUUGUUCAGAAGUUUGGAUUAGUGCACAUAUCAACAGGAGAUCUUCUACGAGCUGAAGUGUCAUCUGGGACAGAAAUUGGGAAUAAAGCAAAAGAGUACAUGAAUGCGGGUCGUCUGGUGCCUGAUGAAAUUGUGACAGCGAUGGUCACAACAAGAUUAUCACGUGCAGAUGCAAAAGAAAAAGGGUGGCUUCUAGAUGGGUAUCCACGAACUUUCACCCAAGCACAGAGUUUGGAGGAACUGAAUAUCAAGCCAGACGUUUAUAUUGUGUUAGAUGUCCCUGAUGAAACUCUAAUCGACAGAUGCAUAGGAAGAAGGUUAGACCCAGUAACGGGGAAGAUUUAUCACCUGAAAAAUUUCCCUCCAGACACUGAGGAGAUUAAAGCAAGACUUGUUACUCGGCCUGAUGAUACUGAGGAAAAGGUGAAGUCACGUCUUGAAAUAUACAAAAAAAAUGUCGAAGCAGUCAUCUCCACUUACUCAAAGCUAUUGAGAAGGGUUGAUGGAAACCGUCCAAAAGAAGUAGUUUUCAAAGAAAUAGACUCUUUGCUAUCUCAAGUGCAGAAGGAUAAAGAGAAACCAGCAAAAUUAGGGAAAUCAAUACUUGAAAGUGGGAGCCUCUUGAAUCAGUCAUCUUCCAGUCUGGAUAACUGGAGGGGAAUUCCUACAAGAUUGAAUAACAUUCCUCAUUCUAGAGAAAUUAGAAAAUAUUUCUAUAGUGAUGUGUUACAAGCCACAAAAAGAGCUAUAGAAGAUGGAAGAACUCGCUUAAAGGUGGAGAUUAAUAUCCCAGAGCUGAACCCAGAAAUGGAUGUUUAUCGAAUAGGUACCUUAAUGGAACUUGUUCGAAAUAUUGCUCUUUCGUUUGCUGAUGAUGGAAAACGUGUCAAGGUUUGCGUUCAAGGAUCGAUGGGGGAAGGUGCGCUUGCUGGCAUGCCAUUGCAGCUCGCUGGUACUCGAAAGAUCUUAGAGUUUAUGGACUGGGGUGACUAUGGUGCUAGGGGGACUUUUAUCAACAUUGGAUCUAUAGGUGCCAAAGAAGUAGAAGAGCAAGAUGACUUGUUUAUUUUAGUGGCUCCUCAAAAUGCUGUAGGAAAUUGUAUCAUCGAUGACCUAAAAGCAAUGACUGAUGCUGCUGGGAACCGGCCAGUCGUUCUUGUCAAUCCACGUCUCAAGGAUCUACCUGGUUCCAGUGGAAUUAUGCAAACAAUGGGUCGUGAAAAGAGAUUGGAGUAUGCUGCAUCAUUCGAAAGUUGCUAUAACUUUCGACUUCUCUAUUAUGCCGGAACCCAGUAUCCGAUCAUGGGUGCUCUCAGGAUGGCUUAUCCAUACCGUUAUGAAUUGUACAAGAGGGUGGAUGAACCUUCCGGGAAGGAGAAGUACGUUAUCUUGGCAACAUUUCCUCAAAUGCCAAAUUCUGAUGAAGUCAACAAUGCUUUCCUAGGAAAGACUAGAGAAGAAAGCAAGAAAGCCUCUGGCAUUUGGGGAUUCUUGAGUGGAAUACUCUGAAAAGAAAGCAAUGCCAGACAUAGCCUGCCUCAUAUUCAAGUUUCAACUGUAGUGCGAAAAACUAUGCUUUUCUUAAUGCCUUUCGUCAGUAAAAAUUUUCAACACCAACCGAUCCAUGGAAGCAUAUUAUUUUAGGAAUCUUUUGGUACUCUUAUUAGAUCUCACAAUAUAUGCUUCUUAAAACUUGUGGGUAGUUCGUACAAUUUACAAGCACAAAGAGACUAAGUUGAAAAAAACUGUAUAGCUGCUGUCCAAUAGUUGCAAGUAGAAAGAACGAAAUGGAAAAGUAAAACCAACAAAGUUGAUAUCUGCCAGAUAUCAUUUACUGUUAUCAUCACUUGAAUAUUCAUGUAAUAGUGAGAGUUGAUAUGUGCAAUUUACUAGCUUCUUAAAUCA